UACAACAUGAUCAACCGUAAGUCUUAUGUUUGCCUUGCAAAGGCAAUUCCAGCUACGUUGGUGCUUUUGCUGGCUAUGUCUGAAGGUAUUUCAGGACUAACACAAGCUGAAGCUCUUCUUAGGUGGAAACAAAGUCUACCUGAUCAACCCAUUCUGGAGUCGUGGGUGAUCAACUCCACUGCAACAACUCAAACUCCAUGUUCAUGGCGAGGUAUCACGUGUGAUUCCCAAGGCACUGUCACUGUCAUAAACUUGGCUUAUACUGGACUUGCAGGUACCCUUCAAAAUCUCAACUUGUCUGUUUUUCCCAGCCUUCUUCGUCUUGAUCUCAAAGUAAACAAUCUCACUGGCACCAUACCACAAAACAUUGGGGUGCUCUCAAACCUCCAGUUUCUUGACCUUUCCACCAACUAUUUCAAUGGCACUCUGCCUCUUUCCAUUGCCAAUCUGACUCAAGUUUUUGAGCUUGAUGUGUCGAGAAAUGAUGUAUCAGGGGUAUUAGACCCUUCCCUGUUUCCUGAUGGAUCAAACAGCCCCAAAAGUGGCCUCAUUGGUAUCAGGAACCUCCUCUUUCAGGACACCCUGCUGGGUGGCAGAAUCCCAGAUGAAAUAGGGAACAUUAGAAACCUGACUCUUCUAGCUCUUGAUGGAAACAGCUUCGAUGGCCCUAUUCCGCCUUCUCUUGGCAACUGCACGCAUUUAAGCAUUCUCAGAAUGCCUCAAAACCAACUCUCAGGGCCAAUACCUCCCAGUAUCGGUAAAUUAACCAAUCUAACCGAUGUUCGCUUUUUCUCCAACAACUUAAAUGGUACUGUUCCCCCAGAAUUAGGAAACUUGUCUUCCUUGAUUGUGCUGCAUCUUGCUGAGAACAACUUGGUUGGUGAGUUACCACCAGAAGUGUGCAAAAGUGGGAAACUUGUAAAUUUUAGUGCAGCCUUUAAUAGUUUCACUGGCCCUAUUCCAAGAAGCCUUAGAGACUGUCCAUCCUUGUACAGGGUUCGACUUGAAUACAACCGGCUGACAGGUUUUGCAGAUCAGGAUUUUGGAGUGUAUCCCAACCUCACUUACAUGGACUUCAGUCAUAACAGGGUGGAAGGUGACCUCACUGCAAAUUGGGGUGCCUGCAAAAACUUGCAAUAUCUCAGCGUGGCUGGGAAUGGAAUAAGUGGCAACAUUCCAAGUGAGAUUUUUCAGUUGGACCAACUACAAGAGCUUGACCUAUCCUCCAACCAAAUAUCAGGAGAGAUUCAUUCACAGAUUGGAAAUUCCUCCAACUUGUAUCAAUUAAAUUUGAGUGGAAACAAACUUUCUGGCAUGGUACCAGUAGAAAUUGGAAAGCUUUCCAAUUUGCGAUCCUUAGACCUCUCUAUGAACAUGCUACUGGGACCAAUCCCCAAUCAGAUAGGGGACAUCUCAAACUUGCAGAAUUUAAAUCUUAGCAACAAUAACUUUAAUGGCUCAAUCCCCUACCAAGUUGGAAAUCUUGCAUCUUUACAAGAUUUUUUGGACUUGAGUUUCAAUGCACUUUCAGGAGGAAUUCCUUCUGAUCUUGGGAAGCUUUCAAAUUUGGUAAGCUUGAAUAUCUCUCACAACAAUCUGACAGGUUCAAUCCCUGACUCCCUCAGUAAAAUGGUCAGUUUGUCAGCCAUCAACCUCUCCAACAACAAUUUGGAGGGUCCAGUUCCCGAAGGUGGUGUGUUCAACUCUUCUCAUUCCGUGGAUUUGAGCAACAACGAAAAUUUAUGUGGAAAUGUUCAAGGUUUGAAACCUUGUAAUGUCUCUCUCACUAAACCUGAUGGUGGUGGAUCAAGUAACAAAAAGGUUGUGAUCGCAAUAGUUGCAUCCUUGGGAGGUGCUCUUAUUAUUUCUUUGGUGUGUGUUGGGAUUGUUUUCUUUUGCUGCAAGAGAAAUUCAAGAACUCGAAGACAAAAGAGUUCAAUCAAAAAACUAAAUCCAUUUUCCAUUUGGUACUUCAACGGCAGAGUUGUGUACGGAGACAUAAUCGAAGCCACCAAGAACUUUGACAACCACUAUUGCAUUGGGGAAGGAGCAUUGGGAAAAGUUUAUAAAGCAGAGAUGAAAGGUCAAGUAUAUGCCGUGAAAAAGUUGAAGUGUGAUGCAGAAAACUUAGACAUUGACAGUAUAAAAACCUUUCGGCAUGAGGUAGAAGCGAUGUCAGAAACACGCCACCGAAACAUAAUCAAGCUUUACGGAUUUUGCUCUGAAGGGAUGCACACAUUUUUAAUCUAUGAGUACAUGAACAGAGGGAACUUAUCAGGCAUGCUGAAAGAUGACAAGGAAGCAUUAGAACUAGAUUGGCCUAAGAGGGUUGACAUCGUGAAAGGUGUAGCAAGCGCUUUGUCCUAUAUGCAUCAUGAUUGUUCUCCCCCUUUAAUUCACAGAGACAUAUCAAGCAACAACAUUUUACUCUCCUACGAUCUUUCAGCUCAUGUCUCAGAUUUUGGAACUGCAAGGUUUCUGAAGCAGGAUUCACCUAUUUGGACAUCAUUUGCCGGCACAUAUGGUUAUGCUGCUCCAGAGCUUGCAUACACAAUGGCAGUGACUGAGAAAUGUGAUGUGUUCAGCUUUGGAGUUUUGGCUUUGGAGAUUCUCACGGGAAAGCACCCUGGUGACCUUGUUUCCUACAUACAAAGUACCAGUGAACAGAAAAUAGACUUCAAAGAGAUUUUAGACCCUCGUCUCUCGAGUCCUUCCAAGAACAAUAUUUUGAAGGAAUUGGCAUUGAUUGCAAACCUUGCUCUUGCAUGUUUACAAACCAAUCCUCAAUCUCGACCAACUAUGCGAUACAUAGCUCAACUUCUUGAAAUGGAUACUGCUGAUAUGAGAUAGCUCACAAUUUAUGUUUUCUUUUUCUUUCUUUUCUGUCAUAGCAGUAAACAACUUUCUGGCACGCAUGUGUUUGUAUUUGUAUAUGUAUAUGUAGAAAUACUUAUCUUCUAAUCACAGUGACUGUUUUUCCCUUUUCUGCAUAGCAAUUUAUUGAAUGAAAUGGUUAGAAUAUUCACUAUGCUGCAUUGCUUGUAGGUGGCAAGGGGGACAAAAAUAGCUGUUCAUGGUGAUUUUUUCUAUUUCCAUUGAUU